AUGUGCAUUACUGAAAUCUGGACAUACCGCGACUGUGGAUGUCGUUACAACCAUAGCAUCCUGUGCCGGUCAUAUCGGCGAGGGGGCACACCAUGCUUCGCACCAAACAUCCAAUACCCUAGGGACAAAUGGCUCGAGGGCGCGGGCAUCGACAAUGCAUUAACAUUCAGACAGUUCAAGGGGCGUACGAAGCCGACGGAGCCGCAGGCCUGCCCUCAACACCGCACCGUUUACAGGUCAUUUCUGAACCCGGUCUGCGAGGACUGUCUCCUUGCAGGAGUGAACUGGCUGUCUGGUGAUGGGAUAGGACCUGUUCCGCUUACAUAUCCUGAGUCAGAAGCGGCCGGUGGGGAGGGACUCGUCUGGGAUAGCGAGGUCAAGGUCGAGAUUGAAAGCCAGUCAUUACAGGAUCAACCUGUCCCAUCAACAACAGCCAGCGACAUGUCUUCCCACAACAGCAAGGACAUCGACCGGACAAUUCUCGACAGCCACGUUGAAGUCACAAUAGAAAGCGAGGGUUCUCGUGUUUCCGCGUGCGAACCACCUCCAUCGCAUUUGAGCUCAUCCCACGGCGAGGACAGUUGGUUUCCAUCGACGGGCGCCACUUCUCCAGAGAGCUUAGGUAGUUGCGAGCAACGGUAUUCCGACAGCUCUUCCGAGGAAAAGUGCGAGGAUAGUUCUGGCGAUGACCUCUCGUCAGACCUAGGAGACAGCGACGAUGAAGGUGCAGAUUCUUGUGAUGACCAACAUUGCCAGCAUUUGCCGGCCCGCGGACGAUCUCUCGUUCGUGGCAAUGGCAGUGUCAUGAAAAGAAGUGUGACAGAUCCAGCGCCUCUUCUCAUGCCCGUUGAAAAGUCGAAGAGCACGAGAGGACUGUCGACUUUGAGGAGCAUCCGGUCAAUUUCGCUGAACUUUCGAUCCGGCUCGAAAACCAAGGUUCAUGCAGCACCGUCUGAGCACCUUGCCUCUGGGAAUGAGCAAUGCAAACUUGCCAGGUCACGAUCCAAGAACCCCUUCCGAGCUUUCCGACGUCGAAAAGGCUCUCAGAACUACGCGAAUACGACGAGAAUAACUCAUAUGCUGACCACGCUUGAAGUCCAUAGCAGCCUUGAGGUUGACCAACUAUCCUUUGAGAAGCCACGCCUAAGACCUCUCCCUCCUCGCAAGUCAAGCACAGGGAAUCUUAGGUCGUUCACCGAGCCAGUACAAGCUGGAUUGGGGCGACGCUGGUUUCCUGGCAUGGCUCACCAGAUCCAAAGUCCCGGGCCCACUGGCUAUUGCUCACAGAACCACAAGCAUCAAGAGAAGGGAUCGCACGGGUUCAUGUGCGAUCUGCCUGUUCACAAGGACGUACCUUUCGCUUCCCAGUCAGAUUUCAGUGACUUCGAGCCUGAAGAAACAGCUCAGUCGAGUGCUGAAAAAUCGCCACCAUCCCACGUCGUUGUACGACCUACCCUUCAGUCCUCAAAUGAUCUUCCAUUGCGAGCGAGAAUCCAUGGACUUGAGACAUUCGAACUAGGUCUUGGAGCGUCGACCUCUUUUCCCAGCAACCACGAAGCACAACUGUCUGCAUUGGACCAAGAGGUGAACACGGUCGAAAAUGCGGUCCCUAUGGUAGCUUCAACGGCAUUCGCUAUGUCAAAACCUCAGGAAAACUUUGAGAUCCAUGACUUUGCGUCUAAGCAUCGAUAUGUUGCGGACGAGGACCAGGAUCAGGAAACCGUUCUGCUUGACCCAAAUGACGCCACGAGGGAAGACGAAAUUGAGGCCCACAGCGAAGAGACCGGGACGCCAUCCAUGCUAGACCCAAGUGAAGGUUUUGAAUUGAUCUCACUCAGUGAGCGGAAAGCGAAUGAAGGAUUUGAGUCAGAUGAGGUUGAGACUGAUGAACAGUACCCGACUGCGACAGAACCAACUCAUGCCACCCUGCAACCCACCCAGAGCAACCAUCGGGGGGAAGCCGAGAUUCAGAAGGUUGAAGAACUCGAGUCCGAAGUUUUGCUGGUGGAUAUGAUAGAUGGCUCGGAAAGAGUUGACAGCCAUAUUGCCGAGACUGAUCAGCAUUCCGUGGAACAUAACGAACCAGACCAGGAACAGAUGUUCCCAGAGUCUAUCCCGACCAUAAGGAUACUAGAAACCGACCAGAUCAUUUCGCUGUACAGCUAUGCUCGCAAACCGAAGAGGCAGGCACCGGAAAAGAUCGAAGAAGUCGUCUCAGAUGAUGUCUCGGAAGCCACCGCAGUCUCUGAGGACGGCGACGAUUCAAAGAUUUCAGACUUGACCACGCCGCCUAGUUCUCCCCUAUCGAUCGAGAAAGGGACGUCCCCGGUGUGGCCUUCUCACCCACCGCGCAAAAGCUCAUUGAAGAGACUCACCGGUUUCAACUAUUCCUUGACGCCCGUGGUAGAUCCAGACUUUCCCACGCCUUCAUUGCCUUCCACCAUGAACUUUGGCUAA